UUCAACCGGCGGAAUAUUCGGGUGUGUUAAUCGAGACUUUUCUCUGGUGAGUGCAGUUCUUUUUUCUUCCUACAAUCUACACCUCGUGUUGUUAAGACUGUGUGAGAAGGAAUUUGUAAAGAACUUAAAAGUAUAACAAAGAGAGAACAAAGUCGAGAAGUGUCAGAUUUGACAGAAAUAAUAUAGAAUUGUGUGCAAUCUUUUGUGACAAGUGUUUUAGGUGAAGUUUCGCGAACAAAUCCAUCAAAAUUACUAACGAAAUGGAUGCUGAUAACAAAAAGCCUUUCAAGAUCAAGGACAUAACACGACACAUUAAGAAAGCGGUUGUUGCAUCCUCACUCGAAGAGAUUCGUACAAAAGUGGCGGAAAAGUUUGAAAAAGUCGAUCUCCUGCCAACGAUACAUUUAGAUUCCGAUGGAACGGAAAUAGACGAUGAGGAAUAUUUCAGAACUCUUGAACCCAACACUGAACUAAUAGCUGUUUUCCCUGGUGAACAUUGGAUUGAUCCAACACAUUACGUAACAAUCUCCAGCCAUCGAGAAUAUGCCGACACCACAGAUGCCGUAGCCGAGACGAAUCGUAUUAAAAAACUCGUUGGCCAACUUCAGAGCAACCUAUGCAAUGUGUCCGUGAUGAGUGACCCUGACUUGGAUUCAUUGUCGAACAUGGACCCCAAUUGCUUGGUCGAUAUCACCGGCAAGGACUUCAUGGAACAGCUGAAGGAUUCAGGCAGACCACUGUGUGCAAAGCGAACCGCUGAGGACCGAAUUAACCUGCUAAAACUACUCAAAGAUGGUGCGAUCUUCUGUUCGGAACGUUAUCCAGAAGAUGCUGAAGACAUUGAUUUGGAAAUAAAUAAUCGUGAUGCAUCACCUACCGCCGAUAACACGCCCCCGAUGACAAUCGAACUUCACCAACAUCAUAAUCAUCAUCAUCACCAACAACAACAACAACAACAGAAUCAACAGAAAAAACUUUCAACCACAGCCUCCAAGACCGACAUUUGACUACCAAUAAUAUCAACAAUAACAUGAGAUUUAGAGAAUAUUUACAAGGACAAGGGUUGAGUUAUAGAAGAACAACAGUAUAAACUACAACAACAACAACGAUCGAUGAUUCGACGAACGAAGGCUUCUUGUCUUGAGUAAGAUAUCAAAUUUAGUUAUUUAAGAAUUAAUUUUAAGUUUUUUUUUACUUCAAAUAAAAAAAAAAUAUUAUUAUAA